GGCGCUUGCGCACUUACCUCCGUCAAAAUUUCGCCAUUUUCCAGGGAAAACGGGAACUGCCUUCCUGUUGUAGCAGCGGUUUAACGGUUUUGUCAGCCGGUUUGCCGUCCUCAGCGAGGCGAUGGAGGCUCUCAUCCCCGUGAUAAACAAGCUGCAGGAUGUGUUCAACACCGUGGGCACGGAUUCCAUCCAGCUGCCGCAGAUUGUGGUGAUCGGCACCCAGAGUAGUGGGAAGAGUUCAGUGUUGGAAAGCCUGGUGGGGAGAGACUUCCUGCCCAGAGGUACUGGGAUCGUGACCAGACGUCCUCUCGUGCUGCAGCUGGUUCAUGUCAACUCAGAGGAAAAGAAGAGACCUUCAGAAGAUGAAGAUGGAGGGCAUAAACAGGAUAUAAAAGAACAUGCACAUGUGGAGGAAUGGGGGAAGUUUUUACACACAAAAAACAAGAUCUACACAGACUUCGAUGAGAUUAGACAAGAGAUUGAGAACGAGACGGACAGAGUCACGGGAACCAACAAGGGUAUUAUUGAUGAUGCCAUCCACCUCAAGAUCUACUCACCCAAAGUACUCAACCUCACCUUAGUUGACCUGCCUGGCAUCACAAAGGUUCCAGUAGGAGACCAGCCCCCAGACAUCGAGGUACAGAUCCGUGAGAUGUGUCUGAAGUACAUCGCUAACCCAAACUCUAUCAUCCUGGCCGUCACCUCCGCCAACACUGACAUGGCCACGUCCGAGGCACUCAAGUUCGCCAAGGAGGUGGAUCCAGACGGACGUCGCACACUAGCGGUCAUCACCAAACUGGACCUGAUGGACGCUGGCACAGAUGCUCACGACGUCCUGAUGGGGCGGGUCAUACCGGUCAAGCUGGGCAUCAUCGGUGUGGUCAACCGCAGCCAGAUGGACAUCAACAAGAGAAAACCCAUCGAGGAGGCCAUUAAGGACGAGGCAGCCUUCAUGCAGAGGAAAUACCCGUCCUUAGCUAGUAGAAAUGGGACCUCACAUCUGGCCAGGACUCUCAACAGAUUACUGAUGCACCACAUCCGUGACUGCCUGCCCGACCUGAAGACCAGGAUCAAUGUCAUGGCCUCACAGUUCCAGCAGCUCCUCAACUCCUUCGGAGAACCUGUGGACGACAAGGGAACAACACUGCUACAGAUCAUCACCAAGUUUGCUGCCCAGUACUGUAACACUAUCGAGGGAACAGCCAGAAACAUAGAGACAACAGAACUCUGUGGUGGUGCUAGAAUAUGUUACAUCUUCCACGAGACGUUCGGCCGCACGCUGGACUCCAUCGAGCCGCUGGGUGGGCUCUCACAACUGGACAUCCUCACGGCUAUUAGGAAUGCUACGGGACCUCGGCCGGCGCUGUUUGUCCCGGAGGUGUCGUUUGAGCUGCUUGUGAAGAAACAGAUCCGUCGCCUGGAGGAGCCGAGUCUGCGCUGUGUGGAACUGGUACAUGAGGAGAUGCAGAGAAUUAUCAACCACUGUGGGACACAGGAGUUACUGAGAUUCCCUCGCCUCCAUGACAGAACGGUGGAAGUCGUCACAAACCUGCUCAGAAAAAGGCUGCCAGUCACAAACUCCAUGGUUGAGAACCUUGUAGGUAUCGAGCUGUCCUACAUCAACACCAAACACCCCGACUUCGCUGACGCCAGCCUCAUCUCCGCUCUCAUCAGCAGCCAGGAGGAACUUCGAAAGCAGCAGCGGAACCGAUCCGUCGGUCCAGGCGACCACGGCUUCCACUCUGUCCAAGCUGCUGAGAACAAACCUGCAAAGACUCAGUCGAAGAUUCUGACCAAAGUCGGUCUGAACCAGGAGAAUUGGAGCGCGCCAGUGUCCCCCGCACCUACGUCCUCACCAGACAGUAUAAAUGGUACAUCCUACAUGAGAUCACACUCCAGGACAUCCACAGGCUCUAGGCCCCCGCCUGGCCCGGCAAUGCAGCCCGAUCCGCACAGCGCGAACGCCGAGGACAAAAUCCUCGGAGCGAGCGCAUGGAAGCUGAAUAACUGGCUCCGCGGCUCGAACCAGUCGUCAGAGAACACACGCGCAGGCACGCCUCCCCAACAGAACUCACCAGUCCACUCACCCAAGAUGUCCGUCACAAGCGGCCCGCAUGGCGUUAACCUGCUUGAUACUGCAACUCCCAUCUCACGCAAGCUAAGUCCUAGGGAACAAAGAGACUGUGAGGUCAUAGAACGACUCAUCAAGUCCUACUUCCUGAUUGUAAGGAAAAACAUCCAAGACAGUGUCCCCAAGGCCAUCAUGCACUUCCUGGUGAACUUUGUGAAGGACAAUCUCCAGAGCGAGCUGGUCAGCCAACUCUACAAGACGGACUUCUUCUCCGACCUGCUGCAGGAGUCUGACCAGAUCGGCACACGUCGGAAGGAGGCAGCAGAGAUGCUGAAGGCUCUUCAGAAAGCUGGCCACAUCAUCAGUGAAAUCAGGGAAACCCACGUGUGGUAAACAUGCCAACCAUGGCUGGGUCAUGGACAACAGAGGUCAACAACUAUAUAACAUAGCAAAGAGGGGACGUCCAACUUUGGCAGUAUUAGUCACGGACUAGCCAGCCAUACAACACUGUGAUACAGACCAUAUAACUCUCACAUACAAGUAGUACAAGGAAAGGAUAUGGACAGUGCUUGCAGGAUCAAAGUGGUAGUGUUAUUUGUAACAAAGCUUUGUACAUGCCAAUUUCAAUUUGCUAAUAAUAGAUAUGGUUUAAGGAUACAACUGAGGAAUUCAUUGUCAUUGUCAGCUAUCAUAGCUAUAAGUGUAUUGUAACUACAAAAUACAGGCAUGGACAUUCAAGUACAUGAUUGUAUAUUCAUUGUCCGCUCUGGCAACUACAGGACUACACGGGUGAUUAUCAAAUGCUUGCCUUGUAAAAAUGCUGUUUUAAAAACGCCUUCCUUUAAAGGUUUUGUUGUGAUGUAUGUCUUUUGGCAGUUUCUCUUCCUAAUCAUCUUUGUACUUAAAUAGGCCAAAUCAUUUUGGCUUUGCAUGGCUCAUAAUGAAAUGUCACCUUUUCCCCUCCCCAAGGAUUUGAAUUUUUAAAAGUGAACAAGUUGUCACGGCUGUAACUGUAGUUCUGCAAGCUGAGUCCAUGUUGUUGUGCGUCUCCUGCUCUUAAUGUGGUAGUCUAAAUUUGCCAGCCACCAUUGGUGUACGGGAGCACAUUUGAUAGAGCUGUAAGAUUGAUGCCAUUGUCAGUUCAUUAAAUUAUUCCUCAGCUUUUCUAUCAUUUAAGUCUAGUUAGGAACUAUCUUUGAUGCAGUUCCAGUGUCCAUGGUGGCAAAUUUACUACUGAAAAGGUACACAUUGAAUAGUUGUUGCAGUGGAAAGUAAAAGAUCGUCUCAAUGACAAAAUCUUUGGAAAACCUGUGAAAAGGCACAUAAAUAGGCCAAAAAAAUUGAAUAAACUAUAGAAAAGAGAUUUCUUGCUUAUUGUGUUCAAUUGAUUUAAAAUGCCCCUCCCUAAUACUCAUACAAAAUGUUAAGUUAUCAUGCCAGUCGUAUUAUUACAGAAUAUGUUGUAAAUGUACAUAUUAUGGUCUCCAACAUCCUUAAAGGUUUUCCAUGAAAGUGGCCAUGUAAAUUUUGUGAUGUGAUGUUAUUGUGUGUUUGUUCAUCUGUAUGUAAAUGUGUGUCGUAUGAUGUCAUCAUGAUAGAGAAACAUGUAAACUCAUCUUUGUAUUCAGAAUUGUUACAGUUGUUUCGGGUCAGAUGAAAGAAGCUAUCUUUUUGUCCAUAGCAGGAGUUUAAAAUAUGGCUAGUUUUGCUGGAUUUGGCAAUGGUACAUGUUGCUGGCUGUAACAACAAACGAAUUCAGGUGGCAGAAAGAAUGGCAAAUACAAAACCUGCUACUGCCAUAAUAUGCUAAAAGUGGAAAUGAAAUCUGCCAACUCCGGCCAUGGUCAAAACGGUAGCAGUGCUUCAAUAUCUAAAAUGAUUUUUUGGUGACGCCUCUGGGUCGUAGCCUUUUCCAGUUCUAUGCAGCAAUGGAGACAGAAUGAGCCAGUAUGAUCAAGGACAACUCAAUUUUCCUAUGAUUGUGAGAAGACUAAGAAAAGAAAUUGUCGGGAAUUCAAGGUGGCACUAUCCAUUCAAUAGUAGGGCUAUAGAGUCCUGGAAUAUAUGAGAUAUUGCAUUAUGAGAAAACUACAUGUUGGAAUAUGUGGUACUUAAUACAUAACCACCUUUCACUUUAAGAUUUUAAGAGCAUGACAACAGCAAGGGUUUUGAAAAUGUGACUGGUGUGAUACUCUCUUUAAAUCAGACAGGAGGUCUCUUCCUGUGGUAACCCGUAUCUGCUGCUGACGGAAUCUGGGACUAAGUAACAAGGGUCAUACUUCAUGUGUAAAUCUCUGGAUGUUAAAUUUCAUUUUGAAGUAAAAGUGUAGUUAAGUAGUGAUGAUGAGUAGAUGAAUGUCAAUAUAUGUAGAAUUUCUUUUCAAAGAAAAAAAAAUUGACAAUGAAUAAAGGAGCACAUGAAAU